AUGGCAAACGAUUUAAACCGCAAGGUAUCCAGUUUUGAGCCUGCCUCAGUCUACAAGGGAGACGAUCAGAACCCCAACUUUAAACGUCGACAGCUAGGCCGCCUUUACUUAAUCUCCAUCAGACUAAAGCCCGAAGUCAACAAUCUCGAAGCCGAAGACUUGAAGUUGGGGAUAGUCGUUGUUCAGACUACCACACAUCGCUAUGGGGCUGUUGAAGAAAUAAUGCUACCAAAGCGAGAAACCCUCUCGGCCAAGGGGGGACAAAGCCUUCUAGGUGAUCCUUCCGCGGACCUGACACAAAGCAUCGAGCCACCAGGACUUUCUCGCCAGACCGCACAACCGACAACUGAGCAUCAUCUAGCAUCGCACAAGCAUUCUGCUCCUGGAAACCCAACAAUGAGCCCGACGACACUGAACAUGAACGACAUGACAUCUGCAUUGCCAUCUUAUCAAGGCUUAUCAGGAUCGUUUUCACAACAGAACGUAGAAAUGCAGUUCGUACCAACGUAUCAAUCACAAGGAAUGAUGUAUCCAAUCCACCAAAUGCCAUACGUCAACCCGAACACUCCAGGAGGCACAAUGUACAACAUGCCUUACUCCCAGCCAUACCACAGUUCGUACAUACAUGAGAAUUCGCAGCUUCAGGGAGGUUACUCGCCUUACCCUAGCUCUCAUCAUCAUCGUCAGACUGGAGCGCCCAUGCGCCUACAAUCUUCGGGAUACAAUUAUUCAUACUAUACACAGCACCAGUACAACCCUGGUUACAGUGAACUGCAAGGUGCAACGCUGAAUACGCGCAUAGAGGAUCAAUCACGUAAUUUCAAUAAUGAAUACAGCCAAUCUCCGCUGCUACCGGUUUCCACUACGAGAGAGCCGGAGAUGCGAAGGGUUUCGACAAGCUACGACGUUUCUUCAACAAUUGUCGACGGGUCGUCACGUAUGGAGCAGUCCCAGGCUCCUCUGGGCGGUUCAGGCCACGCCCCUACGCGAAUAUCAUUUGUGGUUACACCCAGCAUGCCACCACGAGGCCCUCCACGAAAACCGAAGCAGUCAGGACACGCUUUAUGGGUUGGGAAUCUUCCCCCUUCGACCAACGUUCUAGACCUGAAGGAUCACUUUGCAAAAGAUGCGACAAGCGACAUCGAAAGUGUGUUCCUCAUCUCCAAGAGCAACUGUGCUUUUGUGAAUUAUAAGAGUGGGGUUGCUUGUGAUGCAGCAGUGGCGAGGUUUCAUGACUCCAGAUUUCAGGGGGUGCGGUUAGUCUGUCGUUUGCGUAUAAGUGCCAGUGCUACUAGUUCAGGUCAGAGCGAUCCGCUAUCAGCUCGACCCGACGAUGAGGGGGAAGCUCAGUGUCAAGAAGAGAACAGGGAGAAGAGGGUUGUAGAUGAGUCUCUUGUUAGCCGUGCACAACGGCCCUCCAGAGUCCCGGAUAGAUACUUCGUUGUGAAAAGUCUGACAUUGCAAGACUUAGAACUCAGUCGUCAAAGUGGUAUCUGGGCGACGCAGACUCACAAUGAAGCAGCUUUAAAUCGAGCAUAUGAGUCUGCGGACAACGUGUAUUUGAUCUUCUCAGCGAACAAAUCCGGAGAGUAUUUCGGUUACGCGCGAAUGGUGUCUACCAUCACGGAUGACGAAGCGCUCGUUCUUCAGGCGCCUUUGCGCCCCGAGAACCCUUCGAGUGAAGUUGAUGAUAUCGAGGUAGUUCCUACUGAAGCAACGCAAACAGCUCCGAAAGGGCGAAUUAUUGACGACUCAGCGCGUGGAACGAUAUUCUGGGAAGCGGAUUCAUCCGAAGACGAUCGCCACAGUAACGAGGAUAACGAGGAUGGAGCGAAUAGCCACAACAGCGAUAAUGACGACGACAAUGACGACGAUGACGAGAAGGAGGAGGAGAAGAAUGACAACGAAGCUGGAGUCGAAGAUGUCAAGAACGAAAAGAGCGCGGCGGCACUGGGUGGCGGAGAUGUUGUACACGGUGGUCAGACAUUUGGUAAACCGUUCCGAAUCGAAUGGAUCUCCACGGAGAGGGUUCCUUUCUAUCGUACGCGAGGUCUGCGCAAUCCGUGGAACUCCAAUCGCGAGGUCAAGAUUGCUCGCGAUGGCACUGAGAUUGAGCCUAGCGUGGGGCGAAAGUUAACUCAGCUCUUUCAUGUCCAUACCAAUAUGAAACCGUCCAGCGGGGAACACGGACCCAGAUUCCAGGGACCAUAUUGA